AUGAUUAAACGUCGCAGCCUUGGAAUGGCAAGGAUCGGCGCUUCGCCGCCUCCUGUUAUUCAUGAGCAAUUUCGUAGUCCAUUGAUGGUGCCAAAAUCACCUGAAGAGGGCGCCAGGAGGAAAAGGAAAAAAUUGAUGAAGAUACAGAAUCCUUUCAACAGUGAAAGAGAAGACGUCAUAGAUCCACAACGACUGAAGCUGAUCGACCGAAACGCUAUGAUGACUCGAGAUGCGGCCGAACACGAGGCAAUGAUUGCUCGGCUUCUUUCCAGGCCUUUCACAAUACCACUGGCUGGUUACUCUUUAUCUGGCCGCGUUCUGGGAAUGGCUCGGUCCAGAAUGCGUGUCGCCAUGUUUGAUCCUUAUGCUGAGAAUGCUGUGGUCUUAUACACACCCCCUUCUCUGUCGGCACAUGAGCAAAUGAAUUUGAAAGAAGAAGACAAAUUAGUCCAUGUUGUCGUUGACCCAGUUGUAGGCAAUAUUUUACGGCCACAUCAAAUAGAAGGGGUGCAAUUUAUGUACAACUGCGUUACUGGACGGAAUAUUGAAGGGUACCAUGGCUGUAUUAUGGCUGAUGAGAUGGGUCUUGGAAAGACUUUACAGUGUAUUACUUUACUAUAUACCCUGCUUCGUCAAAGCCCCGAAGGCAAACCGACUAUUUCCAAGGUGAUCAUCGUGAGCCCCAGCAGUUUAGUCAAGAACUGGGAUAAAGAGAUCAAGAAAUGGCUAGGCCAAAGGAUCAACGCAUUGCCGAUGGAUUCCGGCAGUAAACAGGAGAUAACGAGCAAACUUAAGGGUUAUAUGGCUGAUGGACGAGUAAGAGCUGCCAGUCCUGUGCUCAUCAUUUCCUAUGAGACUUUCCGAUUGUAUGCAAAAAUUCUUCAUUCAAGUCAGAUUGGAAUGGUGAUCUGUGAUGAGGUGACUUAUCUGACGUUAUUGUAG